UGUCUGCUUUGGGGGAGCAGAGUUGUCAUUCCUACCUCAAUGAGGACUAGGGUCUUAGGUUCCCUCCACGAGGGUCAUCCUGGCAUUGUACGUAUGAAGGCGCUUGCGCACAGCCAUUUGUGGUGGCCUGGGUUAGACAGAGACAUUGAAGCUAAGGUGCAUGCAUGCCACCUUUGUCAACGCUCAUGCCCUGAAAUGCCCCAAGCUCCUGUACAUAGAUGGGAGGAAACACAGUCUCCAUGGUCUAGGGUGCACAUUGACUACGCUGGGCCCUUUCAGGGUCAAUUCUUCUUGGUCUUGGUUGAUAGCCAUUCAAAAUGGCUUGAGGUUGUACCUGUCUCUUCCACCACCACUGCAAAGACUAUUCAAGUACUGAGGGGGAUUUUUGCUGCACACGGGCUUCCUGAUGUCCUCGUAUCUGACAAUGGCCCUCAAUUCACUUCUUCUGAAUUCCAAGCUUUCUUACAGGCCAACAUGAUUCGUCAUGCCACCUCUGCGCCUUUCCACCCGUUCACCAACGGUAUGGCUGAACGCAUGGUUUGCAUCACCAAGGAUGCUUUGAAGAAACUAACC